ACUUUUUUUAAUUUAGAACGGAUCAGAGAGCCGACGAAUCUUCAAUUUUCAGUGUUAUUUCCUAUCACUUUCAACAUGAAAGUGUCAUAAAUAUAUCAUUCGAAUACUGUAAAAGUCAAAUAGCAUAAAUUCGAGUGUAUUUAGGUCGUGAAUGUGACGUGAAUAGUGAAUUUUUGAAAUCUGUCUUAUCAAAGAAAUCCUGGAUUUACAUGAUAGAAUUAAGAUUGUUUAAUCGACACUAUUUUUAUAUUUGCCGCUCUCUAAAGCAACUUUAAGUGUGUUAAAUCCAUUUUGCCAAUUCUUUGCUGAUGUGAAAUAUAAUCCUUCUGCAUAGCAGUUGAGCAAAAGCUAGUUAAGGAGUGGAAAAAGUCAAAAAAAUAAAAAACAUGGCGAUGCCUCAAAAUUGUUCACUCGAUGAUAUUGAUUUAUCAGCAUUGAAGGAGCCAGCUGGCAUCUUUGAGCUGAUUGAAGUUGUAGGAAAUGGAACGUAUGGACAGGUUUACAAGGGUCGACAUACGAAAACUGGUCAACUUGCCGCUAUCAAAGUAAUGGACGUGACUGAAGAUGAAGAAGAAGAAAUUAAGUUAGAAAUCAAUGUGCUUAAAAAGUAUUCAAAUCAUCGCAACAUUGCCACAUACUACGGCGCUUUCAUCAAGAAAUCGCCGGCAGGAAAAGAUGAUCAACUUUGGCUCGUAAUGGAAUAUUGCGGAGCUGGUUCAGUGACAGAUCUUGUGAAAUCAACAAAAGGACAAAGUUUAAAAGAAGAAUGGAUUGCUUACAUAUGUCGUGAAAUUCUUCGUGGAUUAAGUUAUCUUCACACGAAUAAAGUAAUUCAUCGCGACAUCAAAGGCCAAAAUGUUCUAUUGACUGACAAUGCGGAAGUUAAGCUUGUUGAUUUUGGCGUAUCAGCGCAACUUGAUAGAACUAUUGGACGAAGAAAUACAUUCAUUGGAACACCAUACUGGAUGGCACCAGAAGUCAUUGCUUGUGAUGAGAAUCCUGAUGCAACUUAUGACAAUCGUUCAGAUCUUUGGUCGUUAGGCAUAACAGCUUUGGAAAUGGCAGAAUCUCAGCCGCCACUUUGUGAUUUACAUCCAAUGCGUGCGCUCUUUCUGAUUCCAAGAAAUCCUCCGCCGCGUCUUAAGUCAAAGAAGUGGUCGAAGAAAUUCCACGGAUUCAUUGAUACAGUUUUAGUGAAAGAUUAUCAUCAACGACCAUAUACGGAACAGUUAUUGAAAGCACCAUUCAUCAAGGAACAACCGACUGAACGGCAAGUUCGCAUCCAACUUAAGGAUCAUAUCGACCGUUGCAAGAAACGUAAGCAAGAGAAGGAACGUGAAGAUUAUCAUUAUUCAGGGAGUGAAAAUGAGGAGGAAGAACCGCAAACAGCUGGUGAACCUUCGUCAAUCAUUCAAGCACCUGGUGGCGAUACACUUCGCCGUAACUUUCAACAAAUCCAAGAGGGACGAGCCAACAAUGGUGCCGAAGCCAAUGGUGCAGCGAAUCGCAAUCAGAAGUCACAACCACAACAAAUACCGCAACAGCAGAUGCCAUCUCGUGAUAAACAGCUCGAAGAGCCAACACCAUCAAGACCAGCACUGCCACAAAGUCAUCGUCUUAUUGUCGUUCCUGAUCCACCACAAAAUCAACAUGCGAAUCGACCACUUCCACCCACACCUAAAAAUGGUUCAUCAUCAUCGUCAUCGCAAUCAGCUCAGUCACAACAACAAUCAGCCCAGCAACAAACACCACCGCAAAGGAAUUCACAAAAUCUCUUUAAACCGAUGCUACCGCCACGUCGGCCUGAGGAUUUGGACAUGUUAGCUGCACAAUUAAAUGAAUUGGGAAUCUCGCCCCAACAGUCACAAUCGCAGCCUGAAGCACCACCACGAAAUAAUCGUUCAGGAUCCGCAUCGGCAGGUGGAAAGCAAUCAUCGACAACAUCGAGUAGUAACAAUAAUAACAACAAUCAACCGGUGAAUCCACUUGAUCCUAUCGACACAUCGGAUUCUGAUAGCGAACCAGAAGAGCCCAACGAUCGAACGAGAAACGAUGGAACAUUAUUGGCGAGUGACCCGCCAAAGCCACUACCUGGUGGCGGUAUUGGAAUCUUGUCAAGCGAUAGUACAGCAACAAGUUCGACAACCAAUCAAGGCGGUCCACCAAAUCGGCCACUUCCACCAACACCCGAUGACGAUGCUCAAGGAGAUCGCACAUUAAUCAUGAAACGGAAUCUCGCCAGUCAAUCGUCAAGUUCAGUUGCAACAACUGGUUCGUCGACAUCAACAACAUCGGAGAAUGACGAGGCGGUGUUGUUAAGAGAAUGGAAUUUCGAAAGAUUCUUCCCAGAACGUUCGUCAAUGACUGCUGUUGAUAGUCGAAAGUUUGAUAAUAAUUCAAAAGAUAAUUUGGCUUUUAAAGAGAAACGAAAGAUUGAAGACAUGAACAAUAAAAUGAAGCUUGAAAAUCGUGUGAAGAACACAAUUUUUACCAAAAACAAUUUUGAGACGCCACAAAAUCAGAAACUUGUGUUAGAAAAUGCACCAAAGCAAGAAACGUCACGCUUUUCAAAUUUCGUUCGUGGCUUUCGUCGUGAGCACACAGAUUUCUUCCCACAAACCAAAAGACAUUCAGCUGUUUAUCCUGAUAAACAAUCAUCCCCACCAAAAAACAUUACACCGCAAAAGAUUCAACGAUCGAGUGCUAUAUUUCAACGUAAUCGUGUUAAAGGCGAGCCGAUCUUGACCGAUUUUGUCGCAAAACGUGACAGUUCAUUGAACAAGAAAAUAAAUAACGAGCGACCGCAAGAAGCCACGGUCAAGAUGCGGCAAUCAAACGCUAGUAAUAAUUUAGAUCUCCGAUUACGUCGUGAAAAAACUGAGUCAGUUAUUUUCAUGUCACCACGCAAUUCAAACGCCCAACAAUUUAAUCCAUCGCCGCAGCAGAAUCGUGGCAGUGAAAAUAAUAAUCUCGGAGCACGAACAAGCGUCUUACCAGAUCUUUUAAGUCAAGCAUCGCCAGCGACUCCACCACGUCACGAUCGAUCAACAAGCGAAGAGUAUCGCGCUGCUGUCAGUUCAACUCAUUCCACCCCCACAAAAACAUUUAAUUCCCCUCACACCUCCCCUUUUCAUUCUCAUUCUCCACAAAUUCAAAAUCAUUCACCCUCGAACCAUGAUAAAUUGGCUCACUCACCCCAUUUAAUUCAUCCACAUUCACUUGCCUUUCAACAGAAGCAACGAAGCUUCCUUACGUUUGGGUUCGGUGCCGGGAGUUCCGGCGGUGCAUCUCGUCGUGAGAGUCACGUAAAUGUAAAUGUCACGCCAACAUCGCAGCAUGAUGCAACAAGCGACACACCCGAAAUUCGCAAAUAUAAGAAACGAUUUAAUUCGGAAAUCUUGUGCGCUGCUUUGUGGGGCGUAAAUUUGCUCAUUGGAACCGAAAAUGGUUUGAUGUUGUUGGAUAGAUCUGGACAAGGCAAACAAGUUGAACGACGCAAUGGAUGGAUAAAUGUUGGCGACCUACAAGGUGCUGUUCAUUUUAAAAUUGUCAAAUACGAACGAAUCAAAUUCCUCGUGAUUGCACUCAAAGACUCGAUAGAAAUUUAUGCGUGGGCACCGAAACCGUACCAUAAGUUUAUGGCAUUUAAAAGUUUCGGUGAAUUAAAUCAUCGUCCAUUGUUGGUUGACUUGACAGUUGAGGAGCAGACGCGAUUAAAAGUCAUUUAUGGAUCUGCUGAUGGCUUCCAUGCUGUUGAUUUAGACUCAGCGACAGUCUACGAUAUUUAUCUGCCAAAACAUACUCAAGGACCAAUCUCGCCGCAUUGCAUUGUCACAUUGCCAAAUUCAAAUGGCAUGAAUCUUCUGCUGUGCUAUGACAACGAGGGUGUCUAUGUUAACACCAUGGGACGUGUUUCGAAGAAUUUCGUUCUUCAAUGGGGUGAAAUGCCAACGUCUGUCGCUUAUAUUGGGACUGGACAAAUUAUGGGAUGGGGCAAUAAAGCUAUUGAGAUACGUUCUGUUGAAACGGGUCAUUUAGACGGUGUUUUCAUGCAUAAGAAAGCUCAACGCCUUAAAUUCCUGUGUGAACGCAACGAUAAAGUAUUCUUUAGCAGUGCGAAAGGUGGCUCAUCAUGUCAAAUUUACUUCAUGACGUUGAACAAGCCCGCAAUGAUGUCAUGGUAAAAAAAUGCCAUGGACGAGACACAACACGAAAAAAAUGUAUGAAGAUUGUUGUUGACAUCAGAUGUGUCAACGGCCAGAAAACAAGAAAUGAAUGAAAGAUGAUGAUAAAAAACAUUAACGAUAAAAAAAUAUAUUAAAUAAUGAAUACACGCAUAUAUUCUACAUUAUUAAAACCUAUUCAGACAUUUUAGUGCUUACGAGGAGAUUGGAUGAAAGAAUAUCAGUUAAUAGAAAGUUAAAGGAAUGAAAAACAUUUUUCGCUCUGUUUAGUUCGUUUUUUCGCGUAAGUAGUGAUGUUGUAACGACAAAAUGAUGUCGAAAGGAAACUUUUUUAACUCGCUCAUCGUGUUUAGUAAAAAGAAAAUUCAAAUUCUAAUAUGAAAGCUUCAAAUUUUCGCGAUAUUUAGGUUUUUCCUCCCACGCAUAAAUUUGCUCGCGAUUAUAAACGAUUAGAAAGAAGAAAGAAAGAAAUUAAUUACAGGAAAUCUUAUUUGAAAAUGAAAAGCAUUUAUUGAUAAAUUUAUUUUUGCUGUUCAUUGUUUGUGUCACAAGUUUAAUUAAUUUAAAACACAAUAAAAUAAAAGAGAAGGAAAAUUCAAUUUUGACAUAAGAUGAAAGACUAGGAAGUAAAAUAAUUAAAAAAAAAUUGCAAUAGACAUAAAAAUAUCGACAGGAUAAUCUUUAACACAAAAUUUAAACGAAAUGCUAUUUUUUAUACGCUAAUUGUCAAAAUAUUUUCCACCAAUCCUUUUCCUUUUUCUUUUACGAUAAUUCUCCAUUGAAAAAACAAAAACAGUAACAAUUAAAAUCGUAGACAAAGCAUUUCAAGUAGAAAAAGCAAAUAAGGUAAUAAAGAAAAACUAAAAACACUUUUUGAUAUAAAAAACAACGCUACUAAAUGAAACCGAUAAAAUAAGAAAAUGAAAAUGUAUUAUAAAAAAUAAAAGCAUGAAAGAAUUUUCCAUGAAAGUAAUAAAAAUGAAAAUUGAUAUUUCGUGCAAUUUUUAAGAAAAAAUUCAUCAUUUUUGGAGUUUUUAAUAUUUAUUUAAGUGAUCUGAUUUGUUUUAUUAAUUUCCACAGCUGCACGAAUUUCAAAAUAUUUAAUUCGAUUUCCUCCUCUAUAACAAUCUCAACUUUAUGUUUAUUAUGUUUUCCUUGUUUUCGUUUUUAAAUAAAAGAAGCAUUAUUAAAAAAUGUA